AUGUUGCCGGAUAAGGCUCCUUCAGACCAGUGGAGGACCUUCCUCCACCGGUGUUUAGCAAAUCGAGUGGAUGUCGAUGAGUUCAAGGAAUUCACUCGAUUAAUGCUCAAAGACUUCCCUGUAAAAGGUGAGGAGCUGCUGGAUCUACUCCUCGAAGCUCGCGCAACCUCCAACAUCGCCUGGGACCCCUUGCUCCCCGUUUAUGUCGACUGUCUCUUCAGGACCGAGCUGGUCAAGUCGUCGGCUGCAUUGACUAGUCUUCUCAAGAACUCUUCUGUUCGCGGAAAUGCGGCUCCGAAGAGGAAGACUUCGACGCUCAUGACCGACAUCAAGGUCAUUCAGGAUGUCAUGAUGGCUGCCUCCACAGGUGUCCUACCCAAGACUACCGCCGAAGCGGUAGAACUCUUUGCGGUGACUGUCGAGUGGAUCGAGGCGGUUGUUUCGUGGCACCAUGAGGACCUGGACAUCUCGCAGCAGGAGAGUGGUUUGAUGAAUAAUCCUGAUGCGAUGUCGGUGUUCGAGUCGGUUGGUAUUCUUCUGGCUGCACUGUUCGGAACAACGAAGGGAUUAGACGCGCUUUCCAGCUCUUAUAUUGAUCGCGCUCAUCAAGGCUUGAAAGUCAGGCUUGGUCAAGCCAUCUCAUCAUAUCUACCCUUGUGUGUGGAUAUCUCCUUGCCACUUCGCCAUCGACUUGAUACCCUCCAGAAAGAGUUCAAUUUGUACGGACAACAGCCUUCGAAACAGGUUGAUCCCUCCUCACUUGAUGGGAUGAACGUGAACUCUCUCCAAUUCGAGGCCUCUAUAAUGGAUGGCCCGGUGAUCAACACGCGAGCUGGGCUCUAUGUGUACCUUAACUCGAUGCUUGUUGGACGCCCACUUGUCGAUGACUCCAUUUUGAUCAACUUCCUUACCAAUCGCUAUGAGGGUCACCAAGAAGUCCUUGUCGCAGAGAUGAUCACAGCCGCUUUCGACGUUCUAUCCAAUGGCGUCAAUCGUAAUGAAUCCGGUCGAACAAUGUUCUUGUUCCGAUCGUUCCUGGUGAACAAGCUUCCAUCAUUCUUCGCAGCCAUGUCGGCUGCGUCGAUGGUGCCAAUUCCAAUGGAGAUGUGCAUCACACAGGCGCUCAGCCGACUCGACCCGAAUGCCUUUCCUUCGUUCUCUCAGAUGUUCUCCAUGCAAGGUAGUAGCAUUCUUUCUGAUGCGCGCCAGGAGUUCCUGUUUGCGUGUGCAUCUCACAGACUCAUCCCGGAGUCCAGCAUCGAGCGCCUUCUGGGAGAAAACCCAAUGCAGACCCUGCCUGUCGGUGGUCCUUACCAGAAAGAUGAUUUAGUACCCCAGAUCACUACCAAUCUUGAAAGAGCGGAUCAAUUGAUAGGUGAGAUUGAGUCGAUGGAGGGAAAUGCGGGGGCAAUUGUGCGGGCUGUGACCGAGGUUAUGUACAGCCUUUGCAACCAGAAGGAAACGGUGACUCUCAAGAGCAUCUGCAACUCACUUUCACGACGCCCUCAAACACUUGAUGUGAUUCUGCUCUUUAGAACUGCCAAGCAGGUCCUGCAACCUCUCUGUGCCUUGUUAGACUCCUGGCGUUGGGAUGAAGAGCAGGGCGAGAAUCAACUGGUCUAUGACGAGUUCGGCAGCAUUUUACUACUUGUUCUCGCCUUCAAGUACCGAUAUGAUCUAAGUGCCUCGGAUAUCGGAAUUUCGAGCAGUGAUUCUUUCCUCUUGAAGUUGUUUGACCGAGGCUCUUUCAGCCAGAAUCUGAGCGACCUCAACGAGAAACAAAACAAGGAUGUUGGCGCGUGGAUCGCCGCUUUGUUCAUUGCCGAAGGCAUUAAUGAAGAGACCAUGUCAUCCUGCAGCCCUCAAGAAUUCUACAUGCUCGUCGCGACUCUGUUCGAUCAAAGUCUAGGGGCAUACCUCCUCGAGCCUUUCUUACUGCCUGCCCUGGUGAUAGCUCUCACAUGGCUUGGUAAUCAUAUCUGGGAGUCCGAAACCGACCCAACAAUCCCCCUCAAGGCACUAUACUCUCUAGUCAAACCCAGCUCCAUCUCCGGCGAGGCACAAGCAAUCCACAAGACCGUCCUCAACAUCACCGCCCGUCCUCUCGAAGAACAACUGAAGGACGUGCGCACCAGAAACCAAACCCGAACAGAUAUCAAACCAAUCCUGGACGCGCUCGACCCAUACCUCUCCUUCCGCCGCGUGGGCAGCUCGCACUGCUCAGAGCUGGACAACUGGGCCGCCCAACCCGUAGGCGGCCUACCAGGAAGCCUUCGCAGCACACUCCACUCACUCGUCCUUUGGAGCACGAACUCCGGAAUGGCAAUGCAACCACAAUCCUACACCCACCGCCAGAUCCUCGCAGGAAUCCGCAUCCUCGGCUCCACGCGCGUCCUGAACGCCCUCCUCGACGAACUAAAACAACAAGCCGAAGGAGGCAGCGUCGACCUCGCCCUCGAUAUCGUGGCAACGAUUGUCUGCGCACCCAUGGCCGAGUCGUUCGCCGUGGACCAGAAUAUCUGCCAACCGGUCGAUUCAACGAAAGAGUCGCUCCCCCGCUGUCCGACCCUGACCCUCCGAGACGCCCUGAAUCUCCAGCACGAGAACAUCCCCAAGAUCUCAGAGAAGGAUCCCCUGCGCGCGGAACUGAUCGUCCGACUCUGGCGCCGCGUGAGCGUCCUCGCUGCGCCCCCAUCGCAGGUCGCGAAUAUCGAUGUUAGCAAUAUUAUUCAGAAUAUGCAUCUUGGCGGCGUCGAUGGGCAGGAUCGUAUGGAUCUUGAACAGCCUGGUGGUAUUGGUAAUGGUGUUGACGAGGAUAAUCCGGAUAAUAUCAAUGAUAUGCUAGAUAAGGCUGCCGCCGCCGCUGCGGCUGGGAUGGAGGGUGGUGUCAAUGUAGGACAGGAUCUGGGGCUGGAUGUUGGUGGAACGGGAAUGGAUACUACCGGUAUGGACGCUAUUGAUGAUGUUCUCAAUGCGGCGGAUAUGGCGGUUGGGAAUCCGGAAUUCUUGGAUUUGGAUAUGGAGGGCAUGUUUUGA